AUGAGUCGAACCAAGACAUGCGUCGUGCUUACCUCCUCGAUGGUCUCGAUUCCCGAGCAAAAAUACGAAAUUGGGCACCUUAAGCAGCUACUGGAUGGCAACAAGAUCACAUACAUGGAAGUGGACUGCAGUCUUGAGGAGAAUCGUGAGACACGCAACCGCUAUUUUGAAGUCAGCGGUAUCCGCGCGAAUUAUCCGCAGGUUUUUUUGCAGGACGCAGAAGGCACGAAUAUAAAGUAUAUCGGAUCCUUCAAGGAGAUUCAGGAACUCAACGAGAUGAACGACGUGCCAUCCGAACUUUUGAAGGCCAAUAACAUUCCAACGCUCAGUAGCGUAUUCGCCGACGUGUUGCGACGAUCAUAA